UAAAUUCGAAAACAAUAGCGAAGAGCUCACGAAAUAGAAAAAAGAAAUCGACGCGGCGCCGCCGACGUAUAGGCCAAUCAACUGAUUGACUUGAUCGAUGGAUUUCGUCGUUCGCACAAAGAGUAGACACACAGCGUAGAGAGCAUCGGAUUCUCGUGAUUGAGAGCCGCUACAGCGAGUCACAAAGAGCGAGGCCGAGGGACUGUACCAUCCGUCCGAUUCGGUAAUUUGCAGCGCGCGAUCCGUCAUUAGCAUCGAGUGGGAUUAAGUUUGACGUUAAAAUUAGGCGAAACGCGUGCCGACUGCGGCAGAAGCUCGACUACUCUCUCUCUCUCGGUCGUCGCUUUGCUCGGCUGAUUGCGUACACGUCCGUCAAAGUGCACGUCGACACAGUUGCGGUAUUCGGCUCUUUCUUUCUCAUGAUCGAUCAUAGCGCCCGAUUCGAAGCGUUGAUAUUUGAGUAGGCCGAACUGGGCUGAUUUGGCAUAGGUGGCAAGCUUCUAUAUGUAGAUUGUAGCCGCAGAUUCCGAUGAUGGAAAUUCUACGUUUUCUAUAGAGAAAGUGGCCUUUCGUCACCUAGCGUUCAGAGCCAGAAGCUAUAGCAAAGCUCGAGCGGUAGGCUUCGGAUAAGGGCUAAUCCAAAACUGUUUCGUUUCGCUAUUUUAUCGUUUAUCGCUCGGUGUUGUAAGGCGCGAUUUCAGAUUUAGAAAGUUAUCCGCUCGCUUGUUCACUUUGCGAAGAAGACGCGCCAGCUUUCUGGAUCGAAGAAUAAAAAUCGAGCAUAAGCGUAGAAUAUAAUUAUAGAUAGCGCGACAUCUACUCUACAUCCACAUAUAGGUUUCAGCUGAUUCGCGCGCUCUCAUGCUUAUUUACACCGGGUCAGUGUAACGGCUACAAGCGCCUCGCGACGACGCGCGCUGUAUUCCGAGCGAAGUAUUUUUAUCAAACCCGCGAGUGAUCGUGUUGAUCCAGUGUCGCGUCAUCGAGUUCAGAGGUCAGCAGGAAUAAGGAGUCUCACACAGGAUCGAAAUGAACGCGGAACAGAAGGAAAUGGGAAUAAACGCGCUAAACGACGACUGCUUGAUGCACAUCAUCCAGUAUCUACCUAUCGUAGAUCGAGUGAGAAUAGAACGAGUUUGUAAGCGUUGGCUAGCGAUAAGUCUGGAUUCGUGGUACAACUUUAAUAGCCUCAACUUUGAAAACAAAUGCUGGGGGUUCCGUGAUCCUGCAACUUUGACCAAGGUGAACCGCAGAAUCUUCAAAAAGGUUUUGAAUCGCUGUGGCAAGUUUCUGAUCUCGGUAGAGUUCUUGGAUUCCAACGGAAGACUAGGCCCGCACAUUCUGAAAAGCGUGGCAAGCUUCUGUCCCAAUGUCCAGCACCUCGACGCCUCCGAUCUCGAAGUGUCGCCCUGCAGUUUGAGAGCCUUGGCCGAAAAGUGCCAUAAACUCGUCUUUUUCGCCGUGGGCAACUGCACGGAUAAAUGCGACUGUGAACUUUCGUCGUUAUUCGCGAACAAUAGAGAACUAAAGAGACUGUGCGUCGAGUCGAAUUUCGAAGUCACCGGGGAAUGUCUAAAGGGGCUGAACAGCCAUUCCAUUGAAAGCAUCAUUUUCACGAGCUGUCCCUGGAUAACGCUGGACAAUUUUCACGUGGUAAGAGGGUAUCGCAACCUUAAGCAGCUGGUUCUGGAAGACUACCUUGAUUUUUACGAGGAUAUCAUGAAAGACAUCAGUUCGUGCAGCAAAAGCUUGCGGUAUCUGAGCCUGUCGGUCGGAGAUUCCUACGUGAAUUCCUUGAUACACAUAUCCAAGUUAAGGAAUCUCUAUUCUUUGGAUCUGUCUUUCAACUUCUCGGUCAAGGACGAGCUGCUCGUGUCCGUCGGAGCCAACUGCAAGCUUCUCAAGCAGGUGGAUAUCAGUUAUUGCAACGCGGUAACAAAUACUGGCCUCGCGAGCAUCGUUUCCCUUCCGAAGCUUGAGUCUCUGUUCGUCGAAAGCCUGAACAACAUCGACGACGAGGUGUUUCAUGCUAUGCCCGCUCUGCGACAGAUGGACUGCAGCUUUUGCAUGAAUUUGCGAGACGCCGGGCUUGUGAGGCUCAUCGAGGCGUCCGAGAAUGUGGAAUACCUUUACUUGAAUCGCUGCGAGAACGUAUCGAACGAACUGCUCGAGGCGGCCAUAAGGACCACGAAGAAGCGCGAGAAUCAGGUCGUGCUAAAGUUGCAUCUGAGCAACACCAACGUGAGGCUCGACAAGGCUAGCGAUACCUCGCCCUUUUUGCGCGUCGUCCCGAUGAUCAUCGUCACGGACGAGUUCGGUCUGUCUGAAAGUGUGUCCGCGCCUCACACAAAGUGGGAUUUUUACCUGCUUUAAGGAACCUAAAUCAAAUAAAUUCUUCAUUUUAUUAUGCAUACGA